CACUGACUGGCAGCACUGAUAGGUGGCACUGAUUGGCAUUGAUAGGCGGCACUGAUGCGCACUGAUAGGCGACAAUGACUGGCACUGAUUGGCAGCACUGAUAGGUGGCACUGACUGGCACUGAUGGUUGACAUUGAAAGGCAGCUCAGAUGGGCACUGAUAUGUGGCACUGGCAUAAGGCACUGAUGGACUCUGACAGGUGGCACUUCUGGGGCCACACUGAUCAUCAGUGCCCUGAUGAUCACUGUCAGCAUGACAGCUCGAGGGGAGAGAAAUGCCGAUAACCGGCAUUUCCGUGUUUACAUGUGAUCAUCUGUGAUUGGA